AAUGUUGAUUGUCUGUGUGCUAUGCAGUGGGCAUUAUUUCUUAAAUAAACUUUUAAGUAAAUCACAAAAUUGGAUUUUUGUAAUGAUAAAAAAGUGAUAACAACAAUGUCAGGAGCACUAGGAUUAGAACAAUUUGUAAAUGACGUUCGGACACUCUCGGCUGAAGGCAAUUUCCAGGAGUUGGCUAGUCGUAUAACAGCUUUCGUACAUGCCCUCACUAGAAACAGCCAGCAUCUUGACAACGUUUUGGAGACUUUGGAUCUGAAACAACAUUCCGUGGGGAUUUUGGCAGUUAUCGUCGCAAAGCUAACUAAUCUAGCUUCAACUGAUGCGCCGAGUAUAGUUGGUUUUAAAGUUUUCGUGACACAGAUUCAAGAAUUCAUCGAUGGCUGCGAUGGAGACCAAGUUCGAUACGCACCAUUUACAUAUUCAGAGCUGUGCCACAUACUUAAGAGUUUGCUCAUCGAUUUUCAAAUUCCGUUGUGCGGCAUAGAAAUAUUGUGCCGAGCGAUACGUAAGAUUCAAACAAGCGAGAGUCAGUUAACACCGAUUCACGCUGAUCUCUGCCAGCUUUGCCUUAUAUCGAAAUGCUUCAAGCCAGCUCUCGAAUUUCUGGACAUUGAUAUCACGAACAUUAGUUCCUCGUCGGACGAGGACACAAAGUAUUUUUUACUGUACUAUUACUACGGUGGGAUGAUAUACACCGCUUUGAAAAAUUACGACAGGGCCUUAUACUUCUUUGAAGUUUCCGUAACGACUCCUGCAAUGGCCGUGAGCCAUAUAAUGCUCGAGGCUUACAAGAAAUACACUCUUGUCUCCUUAAUUUUGAAUGGGAAGGUCGUUUUCUUACCUAGAUUUACGAAUUCAGCAGCACGCCUUAUGAAACGAUUAAGCCAGGCGUAUCAGGAAUUAGCGACUGCUUAUGCCACGAAUAGUUGUGACGAGGUUCAAGCGGUUAUCACGAAAUACGAAGAGCUCUUCACGCGAGACCACAACCUUGGAUUGGUGAAGCAGGUUCUAGGUUCUUUGUAUAAGAAGAAUAUCCAGAGGCUCACAAAUACUUUCCUCACGCUUAGUUUAACGGAUGUUGCUAGCAGAGUCAAGCUGGCUGGACCUGCAGAUGCUGAGAAGCAUAUUCUGAACAUGAUCGAAGACGGGGAAAUCUUCGCAACAAUAAACCAAAAGGACGGCAUGGUUAUCUUCCACGAUGAUCCUGAAAAGUAUAACUCGCCCAGGAUGUUAGCGAAAUUAGAAAAAGAAAUGGCGACUUGUGUAGAGUUAGGCCGAAAAGUUCUCGACAUGGAAGAGGAAGUAAUAGUCUCGCCUCAAUAUGUUCGAAAAGCCUGCGGACAAAAUGAUCAGGACGAUCAGGCCGCUUGCGCUCCCCCAAUUAAUGUUACGAAUGCGCAAAACCAGCACAAACACAACACCUACUCGAUGUAAUAUAACACAUAUGCUAUUUAAAAAAGAAGCCAGUAAAAGGAUUUUAUUAAAAACUCACUGAAGAAACGAAGAAAUUUUUAGAUUCAUCGUAAAUUUAAAUUUUAGUACUUUUUCAAUCUUAAUUUUACUCUCGUUUUCAUUUAAUAAUAUACGUUUGAUUUUCUAAUUUAUCUAUUUUUUUCAUCCUUAUACGUUAUAUUUUGUAAAUAUUUCGAAAUUCAUUUCAAUUAAGGAACUACCUUAGGCAAUACUCGAAUCUGAGGCAGGCUUUUUAUUAGAAUUGUGAUAUUUAAUUCAAGUUUUCAUAAAUGAGCGAGAAACAGUCGUAAUUUGUUAUAAAUACUAGAAUUAUCUAAGCGAGAUAUUACAUAAAGAGUUGCAAUUGUGUGCUUCUCCUUUAAAUACAAAUCGGGACGACUUUUGUAACAUUGCUUUAAUAAAAGUCAUUGUGGUAAAAUAA